UUUUCCGUUAAUUGUUUUUGCGUUGUUAAUAGGGUUUAUUUAGAAAUAUCCGCUCCCUGUGCUCGAGCUUCCCAGUCCAUCAAACGGCGCGAGACGGCGGAGCGCUGGUGAGACGCUUCGGAAACGAUUGGAGGACAAUUGUUGAUUUUGAAAUUAACCGAAGCUAUUACAAUUGAAUUUCGCUCCCUGUUUAGCUGCUCUAUCGGAAAUCAGCUUAUCGAAACAGGAUUCGAUCGUCAGUUAUAGUUUACUGUGUUAAGGUUUACCGGGUAGCUGCCAUUUCUCCUUUCCUGUUCGCAGCGUUUUCCUCUGAUCUGAUUUGCCAAUCCGGUUACAUUAUCUGUUCCAGUUUAGUAGUUCCAGCCGACUGCCGAUCUGCUCCAUCCCUAGUUCAGAGUGAAGUUCCAGCCGUCUGCAGUUCUGUGCCAUCGCUCCAGUAGUUCCAGCCGACUGCAGUUCUGUGCCAUCGCUCCAGUAGUUCCAGCCGACUGCAGUUCUGCCGCCGCUCUAGUCUCCUCCGACCAGUCCUCCACCGCACCAGUGUUCUCCGUCGCACUCCGUCUCCUCCAUUGGCCAGCUUUGUUGGGUCAGGAUAAAAAGAUGGUUGAAGUUAUUUUAGGCAUGCCAGGGCCAUGGGCUGAUGAUAUCUAUGAAGUAGCUGAUCAUUAUACAACAAAAAUUGGUGGACUUCCAGACUGGCCUGUUUCAGUUAGCAUGAUAAGGUCCCAUCUGCUUGAGUGCAGUGCAUGUAAAAGCAAUCUCUGUCUCCUUGCACAGGUUUAUGCUCCUAUUUCAAGCAAGAGUGCUAGCAUUGAAGAACGUGUAAUUUAUAUUUUUGGUUGUGUUGCACCAAAAUGUGGGAGCUCACCUGUAAGCUGGAGAGCUAUUCGGGUUCAGAAAUCUGUUAGUGGUGAAGGAUCAAAGCCCCCAUAUGAUGAGUCUGCCCAUGCACCUGCACCUUCUGUUUCUACUACAAAUAAUGACUGGAAAAAGGAUUUGUGGACAUUUGAUUCAACUGAAGAGGAGGAUAAUGAAAGCAAUGAUGAUAUAGAUUUGGAAGACUUAAGUAGGGCAUUUUCUGAAGCUGCAAGCCUUGCUUCUCAAUCCAAGAAGCAAAUUCACAAUCAUGAAUGUGAUGCAAAACCUUCACCUUUAGGUCACACAGCUAGAGUGAUUGAUGAAAAAAUACCAGUGCUGCCUUGUUUCUAUAUACAUGCUGAAGAGGAGAAAUUCUCUAAAGAGAGCAGUUCUGCAUGUUCAAAAGACACUCUGCUUUCUAUCAAGGAACAAAAUGCUGAUUCUGAUCAUUCAAAAGAUGAAAUGUGGGAAGAAGAGAGUUAUGAAUAUGACAGAGCACCAAAUGCGGACAGGAUUUACCUUAAAUUCAAAAAGCGAAUGGACUCAUACCCUCAGCAAUGUUUCAGAUACUCGUAUGGUGGAAAGACACUAUUAGCCUCUGCAGAGCACAGUGAUCCUGGGAUAUGCAGGCUGUGUGGUGGAUCUAGGCACUAUGAAAUGCAGCUGAUGCCCCCACUGCUAUAUUUUCUACAUGAAGCUACUAGCAACCAACUGAGACAAUCUCUGGAGAACUGGAACUGGAUGACUUUAAUUAUCUACACUUGUUCCGAGAGUUGUUCAAACUAUUCCUCUGAAGAAAACUGUGGCAAAGAUGGGUGGAUAGUGGUAGAGGAGGCCAUUGUUGUACAAUAUGAAUGAAUAGAAAGCAUUAUAUACAGUACACGGAUCACAAUAUAGUUACUUACUAUUGUGUUUUAUUUCUCCUAAGCCUUUUGAAAUUUUAGUUUGGUUUGUGAUAUUUCAGUUCAAUACUAGAAUUUGAAAACCAUAAUAAUUUUUCUGAGUGCA